AUGGCUUCGGGCGAUGCCGUCCUGGCUUCGGGCGAUGCAGAGAGUGGUGGGGGCCAGUUGGUGCAACCUACACGCAGGACCAGAACAUACGAGGACCAUGAUGUGGGUGAUUUUGCCAUAGACAUAUCUGCCUGUCGAGUGAUUUUUCCGACUGAUGCGGUGGAGCAUGCGUUCAAAGCAUCUUGCAAGAAGUGGAUGGAUGGGGAGCGCAAAGACUUCCAGCUGGGCAAGCUGACUACUCCACGCCGAACUGCUGGAGGGGAGUGGCGAGCUGAGUGUCGCUGCAUGGACUGCGCAGAAUGCCAUGCUGGCAAUGGAACAAUGUUUCAGUUUCGUGCCACGCCUGACCGGCCGGACAAUGGCAAUGUCCUCAAUGUGCGAUUGACUGUGAUGGUCUCUGGCAGUUGCAGCGGAAGGCCGCGCCAGCUGAAGUCCGAUGCUGUCGAUCGACCGAGCACGACUUUGACACGCAGGCGCGUCAUGCAGGCGGUCGAAUCUUUGUCACAGUCGAAGGAGUCGGUCACACCGACCCGCGUCGCGCGAAAGAUUGCAGCACGGGGAGAUGCCGAGCUGAUAACGAACCCUUCGUCCCUUCGGUACCUCGCGAGGACCUGUGCUAAGAAGGCGGGGGUGGACGAUGGCCGAGGCCAGGAUAGGCGUGAAAAACAGCCAAUCGUCAGGUCGGUGUCCAAGCAAGAGUGGGAUGCGUAUGUGCAGGCCAACUCAGGCAACCAAGGCAAAAUCAGCUUUGCUGCAGCUUUGCCAAGCGGCUCCUUCGUUCUGAUGCUGCCUCCGAUCUUGGACGAGCUCUGCGCGCUAAAGAGGGCUGGCGCACUCCCGCGCCUGUACCUAGGCGCUGAUGCGACGUGGAAAGUGGAGGCAGAUGAUUUCACGCAGCCCGAUACUGAUGUCUGGUACUACGUGAUCACGGCGUCCAUGUACAGGUACCUAGACCAGCACUGGCGCCGCUCGGCCCUCCCUCUUUGUGUGGCUCGGCACCCCACAGAGCGGCCUGAGGUGUACAAGCACGCGCUGAGCGCUCUGGCUACGGAGCUUCAGCGACGCCAGCUUCCAACCGCAAGCCAGAUACAUACUGAUUGGGCUCCUGGUCUGGCUUCGGCAAUAAAGGAGGCAGCCGGCCAGAAUGUUCUUCACCCGCCUCUUCACGUGCCCGAUAUGGAACAUAUGAUUGCAAACAUCACGACGAAGAAAAAGACAACCGCUGAGGAUGGUUCAGAAAUUCGGGUUCCGAGGAUGAAGAGUCGCGACGUGAAAGUGGUUCCGCCGUACCUACACGCCCUGGCCCUCCUACCAACUUCCGCCCUGUUCUUGGUUGCGCUUCGCACAUUCUUGACACGCGUCAAGAAUGGCUGGCAGGAGCCAGCAUUUCACGACUAUAUCAUCUCUCAAUACCUUUAUCGAGCUUCACUCCGGCCAGCCGUUACCGGCGAAACUGAAGCUUGGGCCGCCAAAUGGUGGCACGGGGCCUCGGGGCCAAUCGCUGCCGGCUUUCCACCGUCCCAACAGACGGUAGAACAGAGUCACCGCCACUUCAAGCGUUGCAUCACCGAUGCGCCUGGCAGAACUGUGAUAGACGUGCUGGAGUCCCUCAAAGAGGUCGUUGCUCUUUGGACGUCCACUCGAAGUUCCGAGGCAAAGAGCUACACUCUCUUGACCCCCGCUGGCUGCACUGCUGUUGUCCCUACCCGUCCCGAUGGUUGGAUGUUGCGUGGUCUGCCGCUGCACCGUCUCCGAGCUCCAGGGGCUGUUCGACUUCUCCCAACGAUCAAACGAAUUUUGGAGGACUCGCGACGCAAUCCUUCCUUUAUCAUGGAAAAGGUCCGUGGCAAUCCACAAACCCGCAUUUUCAUCAUGAAAUGCGGCAUGCCAGCAGCAAUGGACACUGGGACUGUCGAGAAGAUAUGGCGGCACAUCAACACCAAGAAUCUUAGAACGCUGGAAGACAUGAUGAUCGAAGAUGGCCUGAUCGUGCAGAUGCCAGAAUCCAAAAAGCUGGCGCUUGAGGCUCUUCAGACGCUUUACUAUGAGAACUGCUGUGUGUAUCACCCCCCGGACGGCCGAACACAUUGCAGUUGUUGGCACUUCAGAAGACGGGCUCAUUGCCCACAUGCGUGGGCUAUAAGAGCCCGGCUGAAGCUUGAGAGUUUCCCCACCAAAAACUUGCCUGCGGCGACGGAAGCGCCGGUCACAUGGUCGGAUGCGGAUGGCUCCUCGAACGAGGAUGUUAAGAAAAAGGCACCGCGGAGGAGCCGGAAGCGAAAGAGGCCCGAGUAUGAGCCAGUUGCAGUUCCUGAUGUUCGUCCUGCGCCCGUGACACCCGUCGGCGAGCGGCUUCCACAGCGGCGUACUCCAAAGGUGAUGCCUGCGCAGAAAGCUUCUAAAUCCCCUUUUGGGAAGCGCUAG